UACAUUCACUCACAACACAAUUAAUCACAACACUAUGGUUUGCACUCUCAACAAAAAUACUACAACAACCGAUGCUGGUGGCGCCGCCACAAUCUCCGCCGUACCUUCCGAUAUCAUUCAAACACACAUCCUCACGUGCCUCGACGGUCCCUCUCUCGCUUCCGCAGCCAGCACGUGCUCCCAGCUUAAUAUCCUCUCAUCAGAAGAGCAUUUAUGGAUUAAAAUUUGCAAUUCCACGUGGCCUUCCACCAAUACGCCACGUGUCCGAAAUAUAAUCUCCACUUUCUUUAACAGCUCUCGCUCUUUCUUCUCCGAUUGUUCCUCAACGGUAACCGCUCUCGCCUCCAACCGCCACCGCAAGAAUAUUGAUAGCACGCCGGAAAUUCUUUCCGCCGUUGACUUAUUCUACCGGAAAAAGAUUGUUUUAUCGAGAGUGGUGGAGACUGAAACUGAAUCUGGUUGGUUUCGGUGUUCGCCGUUUCGGAUUGAUAUUCUCGAUCCUAAGGAUACGGUUGAGACGAGUAUGGAUUAUCCGAGAGAGGAUGAAGCGUGUGAGAAACUAGAAGAGGAAUUGAGUUUGAGUUGGAUAGUGAUUGAUACGAAGGGAAAGCGUGCGGUGAACGUGUCGAGUGGGAAGCCGGUGUCGGUGAACCGUCACUGGCUAACGGGCGACGUGCAAGUGAGAUUUGCGACGGUGUUACACGGCGGAGAGAAGGGGUCGGCGAAGGAAGCGACGGUGUGUAGUUUAUUGGUGACGUUUGGAAAGGAAAUGCAGGUGAGGGAAAUGUGUUUUCAGGUAGAGGAUAUGGAUGGGAAUCAGUUGAAUGGGAGGGAUAGUUUGGGGAUUUUGCAAAGGGCGUUGGAAGGUGGAAGGAAAAGAUUGAGGAACGGAAAGGAAGGAAAGGAAAGGUAUGUGGAAUUUGUGAAGAAGAAAAUGGAAAGGAAAGAUAGGAAAUUGAGAAGAGAGAGAAGGUUGGAUAUUCUUUGUGUUACAGUAGCUGCUUUGUCUGUUGCGGCUUUUUCCACUCUCUUUCUCUCUUGAUUUCAGUAUGUUUCUUUUUGGAGUUUCAUUAUAGAUACAGACAUAUAAGAAACAGUGAACAAUUUGAUGUUAGUUACAGUGUCAAAACAAAUAUUGAUGUUAGUUACAUCUUACAAUAAUUGAAAUCGAAGGAAUGGAAAGUGUAAGUAGUAAGUAAUCACUUAUGAUAGAGAAGUGUUUAAUUCUACCAUGAUCUUAGUAUGACUUUUACUACUCA